AUAGCAACAAAGCUAUUCGUUUGCUGUCAUACAGUGGAUAUUCAGAGCCUCGAUUAAAUCAUCUAGACAAGGGUUUUUGGUCUCAUAAACCGUGAUAAUGAAAUUCAUGUAUAAAGAGGAACACCCAUUUGAGAAGAGGAGAUCUGAGGGGGAAAAGAUCAGAAAGAAAUACCCAGAUAGAGUGCCAGUAAUAGUGGAGAAAGCUCCUAAAGCCAGAAUAGGUGAUUUGGAUAAGAAGAAAUAUCUUGUACCUUCUGAUCUUACAGUGGGACAGUUCUACUUCCUGAUCCGGAAGAGGAUACACCUAAGGGCAGAGGACGCCCUUUUCUUUUUUGUCAACAAUGUCAUUCCUCCCACCUCAGCCACCAUGGGAUUACUUUACCAGGAGCACCAUGAAGAAGACUUCUUCCUGUACAUAGCCUACAGUGAUGAGAGUGUCUAUGGAGAAGACUGCCAAACAGAAGUCUAGCUAACCACCUUUCAGUUCAGCUUCAGCCUGCUUGAGUCCACACCGUCACAAAGAGGCAAACAAAUAAAAGCUAUUUAGUUGGCCACCAGAGAAAUCUUUAAUGCACUUUCAAAUCCUCUUGCCCUUUUACCCUUCAGACUACCAAAUCUAAACAAAGCUAUGUCUCAUCGCUUCAGCUUACACCACACUUGGGAACAGUUUUCUGGGUACGUUUUAGGCUUACUUCUGGGGGGAAAAAGGAUUUUCCAUAGUUUCAUUGUUCAGCAUGUGUUUUAGUCUAGGACUAGGCAGAGAAACAGGACCUUAAAAAUAUACCCUUGUAUUCUAUUGCUAGCAAUUAUAUAUUUUUAACUUUUUUGUAGACAUUUGGUGAUUCACCUUACUGUAGCUGAAUAUAACUCAUUAAGGAUACUUUGUAUGUAUGUGUAAGGAAAUGUAAUGUACAUUUGCUGUAAACACCCAGAGAUAUUGUCUAUAAAUUAGUCUCAACUAUAUCCUUGCUUUUAAUUUAUCUUUGUAACUUGCAUGAAAAAUCUAAACAGUUUUGUUUACAUAUUUGGGAUUAAAAAGCAAUUAAAAGAAGAUUCUCUGUGGGCCAUGCUUUUUAAUCAAUGAAUAGAUUUAAAAUAUUUGCUAUUUGCUUGUUGGUCUAGUUUCUGUGUUUGAAUUACUUUUACUAUACAGCUGUACCUCUGAAAUAUUGCACAUGUAACCACUUAAUAAAUGCACAAAUGU